UUUCAAUCGACGACACAAACAAUUUAGUUCUAUCCACAUGGGAUUUUGUUCUAAGGUUUUAACCCUAGUGAUUCUAGGCACAGCAAUAUUCAUAGCAUUUAAACAUGAAGAAAUUCUUAAGUAUGCUGUAGACAACUACGAAAUUUGUCCAAAACCAGAGGCACCGCCGCAAAUAGAAGUUAAAGUUGUCAAUAGAAAUGACGAUAAGAAAGAAGACACGUCAGAAAAAUCAGCACCAGCGAAGAAAAAAUCUUACGAUAGUCCAAAAUAUUGGCUAAUUGGCGAUAAUGUGGAUGAAGAUUUAUCAACAGUAAGUGCCGUACUCGAUCGCUGUGGACUGGAAAGGCACAACGGGUCAUUGAAAGAGGAAAACAACCACGAAGGAUGGAAUUUAAUUUGGAGUACGAAGAAGACAAUCGCAAUGAACUGGAAGGAACUGAAAUAUCAUCAAAAAUUCAAUCAUUUCCCAUGGAGCAAGUACUUGUCAUCUAAGAGCUACCUUGCGACCAACACAGACUCCAAGUAUGUCCCAAAGGGAUUUGUAGACAGCGAUGAGCUUAAAAGUUAUGCAAAAGAGAAUCCAAAGAAGAAGUUCUUGAAGAAAUCAAAGACAAGAGGUGGAGUCAGCUACGUCAAGAAUGUCAAUAAGAUGAACUUUACAUCCGAUGAAGAAUACUUCGUCCAGGAACUUGUCGAAAAGCCACUUUUGUUCGAUGGCAAGCUCUUUGAACUUUCAGUCUUUGUCCUCAUCACAUCCGUCAAUCCUCUUCGACUUUACUACUUCCCAAAAAAUGUCGUUCCUAGAUUCUGUCCUGAGGACUACGACCAUCAGGAUUUCAGCGAUGAAGACUCGUUUGUGGUCAGUGAGUCACAUCAAGCACCAUUGGAUUUCCUUGGAACUAGAGAGUACUUCUUGAAUGCAUACACAUUCCGUGAUGCAAUUAAUGGAUUUUUGACUAAGCAGAACAAGAACGUAGAUACUUUUUGGAAGAAUAUUGAGGAUGCUAUAAGGACAACUGUUGUGUCUAAAGAGAAAUCGUUCCUUGAUUUGCACGAGAAGAUCCAAGAAAUGAAGUACAUGUACUUCGAGCUCUACUCCUUUGAGUUCAUCAUCGACGAGUCCCUCAACCCACACAUCAUCAACAUCAAUGCCAACCCAGACAUCUCAGGAUCAGGAAAGUACGCAAGAUUCCGUUCAAUCUACGAAAACCUUCUCUACAAUGUCUUCCAAAUCAUCGGUGUGGCUACUCCGUAUGUCAAAAAAGACUUUAUUAUGGAAUCUGUUGAGUUAGAAAUGAUGGUUGUGCAUGCAAAUGCUAGAAAUGUCAUGCCAGAGUUCUGCAUCUAUGACUGUGAAGGUGGAUGUUCAGGGAAGUGUGCAUACUGUAUGAGAUGCAUGAACCAGAAUCAAUUUUAUGAGACUGUCUUGGCAUACACUGAGCAACAGAAUGUUGGUGGAUUUAAGAGGCUGUUCCCACCAUCAAAAGAGUUUUUGGCUGAAGCUGGUGAAGAAUAUGUGAAGAGUUUGCCAGAUCAUAGUCAGUUCCAGGUUGGUUGGUAUGUUGAGCUGUGCAAGAGGGAUCAGAACUUCUGUUAAGGGCUAGGAUUGACCGGACUAACCUCAAAAUUUUUUGAUAUUUUUGUACCAUUUAUUAAAAUAAAAUAUGC